AAUAAGAAUAACAACCAAAAGCUCUUUCCCGAGCUAUUCUCGUAUCACAGUGGAACAUCCCUGCUUCUCAUAACCCAUCUUGAAACACAUAGUAUUAGGUUCGUGCCCCACCACUGAUCUCCUCGUAGGUUGAAAAGCUUACGUUCUUGCCCCACCAGUCACUCCAUAGGUGACAAGUUACUUGUCGCCCUCGGACAUCCUUUGUCCCUUUGCUCUACAUCAUGUAGUCUGUGAUAGAUUGACAGAAUUUGUACUACCCACCGUGUAUGUGUGCAAGCCACUACCUAAUCCGGGACUAGUUGUAGGUCCCCGGGACUAGUUGUAGGUCGUAGUACUACGACCACGCUGCCGACGAAAAUGGUAACAAUUGGAGCACGAAGACGCGGCGGCCUUCUGAGACCCCUGUCGGCCUUGUGCUUCACUAGUAGCGGCAUUGUUACGGUAUCUGCGUCUGCUCCGCUAUUCAAGGUGCGAAAGAGUAAGGAGACCAACGGACACAUAACGCAAAAAUCGCAGCUGCAAAGUACAAUUACAGGCAAGGGACAGAGCAACAAGAGCAGCAAACGACGCAACGGUAACGCUGUACCACAAAAGGGGACUAGUAACACGGAAGAAGAUGAAACCGAACUUCUCCAUCCUUUUGGCCCGUCGGGCAGGAGCCCAGCAGAUGCUAUACCAGACGCAGAAGAUACGAGUGGGACCAGUUUGAGUGGGCCUAGUCUGAGUCAUAGAAAACGAGGACCGACAGAGCGCUCGAAGCACGCAAAUAGUGGUCUUCUUUCCGAUGGUGCAGAAAGCAGCAGCAAGGUUACUGCUCGACGAUAAAUCGUUUUUGUUUCAUGUAUUCUUCUAGACUCGGUAGUUGUAGCAUUCACUGACCUGCACCUGCUACAUCUUCUCUACUUCUCGACAAUACAACUUCUAGGUGACACAACUUUCAGAAGAUCGAGUCUGUGUUAAAUUUCAUCGAAAGUUGUAGUAGGAUCGUGUGAUGAAUCUUCAUGCACAUCUCAUCUGACAUCUGUAUUGUUUUUACCUCUAACAGUCCAGCCAGUAGGCUGCCAUCAGUGGAUGAGGUCUUGCUUCCCGCGUCGUCAACGCUGAGCAAGAUGCAGAACGGAGUCAAAGCCUUGGACGCUCGAAUCCAGAGGAUGGCGAAGGUCGAUGAGGCACAAGUGGCGAAGAACAAGGCAGAUCUAGAGCAGAAGCUGUACUAUGAGUCCCUUGAUCUUGCGCAAGUGAAAAAGCAGAAUGCCGAAAUAGAAGCGGAAAACAAGGCAGUGGCUUCGGAAAACGCGAAAAUCGAGAAGGAAGCGAAGGAGGUGGAAAUUAUUUGCAUUUCAUACGAAUCUUGUGCAUUUCCUACGUUCCUUCCUUCUUCAUUUUGAUUUCGAACCAUUCAUUACAUCGGUUCCAUUGCUGAGAAUCGAUCUCUGCACCUUUUCUCAUCCCUCCAAUUGAUCCGUCCCCAUUUAUUAAGCACUAGAGAAACUACAAUUUAUUUCUACAUGCAGGUUCUUGCACAAGACAAAGGGCUCCGUUCUGUGCUGGAAUCUUUGUCGUCGAAAGUGGCUGCGGGUGUAGGUUUCUCAAAAAAGAUGGACAAACGGGCUGACUGGUCAGGCGCUCCGGAACUUUCUGCUCUGGAACUACCAGAAGAGGUGACAGCAAGUGACACGUCCUCGGCGACAAAUUUUUUAGCAGUGUCUUCGACGCAUAGGAAGAAAGAUGGUAUGAGAAAUUUGAGUCAACACGAUAGUUUUGUCGAUAGAUUGAUUCAGACUAUUGACUGUUUGAAGAUGAAGUUGAGCAGGAUAGAACUUAUCUAUCAGAGUCGUUGGAAGAUUCUCGUAUCUUUUUCAACCGAUCAAUCCAAGCAGGUCAUUCGAAUACUGAGUCGAGCAUCGAAAGCGCCGAGGUAGCCGAGGAAGCCCACGACCUCUCGUGGCUUCGAACAGAGGCCGACGCCGAGCCAGCGCAUAUCAUUAGCACGUUGCAAGGCGAGCUGGCGGAGCUGCAAGAGCAGGAAAAUAGCAGUGUCAAGUACUUUUAGAUGGCUAAGUCAUGAUGGGUAUGAUCUUUGAAACGGAAAACGCUGACCAUGAAUAUCUAAUAAGAUUUUAAUUCAUUAUUUAGGAUUUAGUAAUUAAAUUACAAGCUCGUUUUCGUGAGAACCUCAAGAACAUUUCCUAUCACCUAUCAUCACCAACAGACAACUGCGUGUCGAAUACCAGCAUCGCUCGGCGAUGAUUGCACAGCAGAAGGCGAAGACGUUGCAGCACCAGGAUACGCUGAUCCGCACACAGCUGCAGCAAAAGACGCGCAGGCAGGCCCUGCGAAAGGCGCUUGACUUCGUCAACGACAAACGCAAAUUUCUAGGCGACUCCCUGCACAAGCUCGGACAGUACCUGCAGCAGCUGUCAGCAAUUGCUUUGGCGGGUCAAGAGGUGAGCGGCUCUGCAGUAGCGCAGAGUUCGCAUGAGGUGGGUACCGGAUUGGAUUCAGACAUUCGGGAUUCGGGAAGGAAUUAGGAGGAAACUGGAUGACGUUUAGUAGGGUCGUACAGGCUGCUGGAGAUGACCGUGGUAGCUUGGAGACAUACCCUAGUCAUAGUAAGUAAAUAGUUUGUUUCUUGCAGUUCAAAGAAGGAGGUACUAUCCAGCGAAAGCAGUGAUUCAUGUUGUUGGUUUGAUCUCGUUUCAUUCUCAAUUUCACCAAUAUUCAUCAUUUCCAAGCAAUCGAUAGUGUAUUGAGCGGAGUCUUGCAAAGUUAAUCCAUCGCCAACUGGUCUACCAGAGACACGCAUGUUGCCAAGGGGAUUCUUUUGUUUUGUUUCAUAAUCACGCUUCUGGUACUCACUCAACAAAAAGCUCUGUAUGCACAGCACGGCGAAGAAAGAUGCAAUAACGAAAUUCUUCCUCAUGUGAAGAAUGGAAUCGACUGAUGCUUCUGGCGAAGAUAUCGCCGGCUGUCGUGUCCCAUUGUGGUCCGAAAAUCGUAAGUUUUAUACUGCAGACUGCUUUGAGCGCGUCGUGCUCUGCAAGACCAACUCUAAGAACGUAUGUGCGUGCUUGGUGAAAGCAACUAUGUUUUGCGCGGUUGCCACAUUUUC